AUGAAUUUUGCUACAUUUACACCAGUGGGCACGACUGGUACCCACUUUAUGACUACUAGUGGUCAGUUGCCAGUACAGAAGCUUCAGCAGAAUGUCGCUAACAAUGGUGCAGGCAUGCCACAGGUAUGUGUUAUGGGCGAUGGUGGUGUGCAGUACAUGCGUGCUUUAGACACGAGCUGUAACUUGCAAGCGACACCGCAACUCAUUUCUGUUCCUGUUGCCUUGCCGGGAGCCAAGCCUGGUGACCCUCAAGCAACAGUACAGAUCCAGGUGCUGAGUCCAAAUUUACUGCUACACCAGCCCAAGUAUCAGAUGCAGAUUCCCAUUGUUUCAUACGGAGACAACAACACACAAAUGAUGACUGUUGAAGCUGGAGGCAUCCAGUUAGUCGGACAGGGCAGCUCAGGGGAAGCUCUCCAAGUAUUGACCUUACCUCAAGAGGUGCAGCCAUCACAGGAAAAGGAACAUAUAACACAAAACAUGCCUCAGGUAUACAUCACCCCGAACCAGCAGAUCAUCAUCAAUGGAGCCGACAAAGCGUUGAACAACAACACCACGUCGGACAACCACAACCCGACAACCAUCGUCAUCAAGGAGGAGUGUGAUGAUGACGAGAGUUCACAAGGCACAGAGAUUGGAGAGACAAUACAAUGGCAAUUAGAGCCGAGUCAUCAGCAGGAUAUCAUUAAAUAUUUAAAAACAUUGCCGCCACAGCAAACGCAAGUUCUCCCAGAAACAUUGCAACAAUUCUUGCGGCUGAACCCAACUACCAUAAAACAAGGAGAACCCAUAGAGAUUGAGGUGGAGAACACCAUUGCUAAUAAGGAAGAACCAGUCGCCGAGGCUGUACUCAGCGAAGACGGCACUCUUAGAAUACAGAGUAAAAAGAAGAAAAAAUAUAAGAAGAAACCGCCUAAACCUGCGAGGCCGAAACCUGGGUCUAUUGUGAUCGCAACCUCUUUGGAUGGGAGCCCUAUAUUCUGCUGCCCAGAGUGUCAGAUGGCGUACCCAGAGAAAGAACAACUGGAGAUGCAUCUCAUUGUUCACAAGAUCGAAAGGCGGUUCAUUUGUGGGAUUUGUGGUGCUGGUUUAAAACGCAAGGAGCAUCUAGAGCGGCAUAAGCUUGGUCACAAUCCAGAAAGGCCGUUUGUGUGCGAUGUAUGUCGCAAAGGGUUCAAGCGGCGGGAACAUCUCAAUCUACACACCGUCAUCCACUCUGGAGUCAAGACUGAAAUGUGCACAGAGUGUGGGAAAGGUUUCUAUCGCAAGGAUCACCUUCGCAAGCACACGCGCUCGCACGAGAGCAAGCGAGCGAGGGACGAGGCGGCCGCCGGGGACACUGCCGCCGCCACGCAGGCACCCGUCCAGCCCGCGCCCGCCAACAAUAAUAUCUUGCCGGAGAUCACCAUACAUAUACCGACCAGCUCGAAUUCUCAGAUCCCGGUGCAGAUCAAUAUCCCCCAGCACGUGGUGACGUCGCUGAGCAACCAGGCCGGCAGCUCCUUGCAGGCCGGCGACACGCUGGACGCGCUGCUGGCGCACCACUCCUGA